UUAAUUUUUUCCAUAAUUAUGUUUCAGAAAAAUGUUACAAUUAAGAAAUGAUGAGCUUCACAAGGUUCUUAUGCCUAUUCUUGGAGAUUUGUGGGACAACAAUAAGUUUCUAGACGGAGUGUUUACAUGUUGUGAUGGUGUGGUUAGGUUCUCCAGGUUCCUGGUCUCCUGCUACAGCUCCAGGUUGGAGAACCUUCUCAGGACCGUGGAGGAAAACGUGGAGACUAAUCUGGUAGUCAAGGACUUUAGGGUAAGUGUGGUGAGGGGGGUGGUAAGGUUGUUGCACGGUUGCCCGGAGGUGUUCUACACCUUGCAAAACCAGGAGACAAAGGAGUUUAUUAGAAUACUUGGAAUAGAACUCAGGGGAGACAAUGUCACUGAAUUCACCAACUUCAAGAAACGAAAGUUUGAGGAGGAUGAUGAUGUAAUCAUCACGUUUGAUGAGAAGAAAGAAUAUAAAACAGGACGGAUACAGACUAAACUCAGAACCCCGUAUCAUACUAGACGAUACACUGACUGGGGGAAUAGGAGUCCACGCCGCCAGUCGGAGGAGAAGAAUUCUGAUUUUACAUUUGUCCGAGUAAAUUAUGAGAAAGCAGAGAUCAAAACGGAAAUUGAAGAAGAACCUGAAACUAACCUUGAGAUUGAUAUUGAUGCUUGUGUUGAUGAUUUUGCAGAUGAAUCUGAUCCUGACUAUUAUAUUCCAGCUUCCAAAGUGGAGAAUGAGGCUGAAGGAGAAGAAGUUCAAGGAUUAAACUUACUUCGUGAGGACGAAGCUAAAGAGAUUGCUGCAUCCUUCAUGGAUAAGCAGAAUACUGGGAAGUAUCUCUGCACCUUCAACUCCUCCUGCAGGUUUACCAACUCCAGUCUUCAGAUCUUACAGGAUCAUGUUCUCAAACAUCUGGAUAUAGUCAUUCAGCAAUGUGAUCACUGUGGAUUCAAAACUAGAAAACAAUCUGAUUUGGAUAAACAUAUGAGAACUAAUCAUUUGACAGGGAACCUAGAAGUUAAAUCUAGUUUGAACUCUAAUAAAGAAGAAACUUCUAGGUUUCGGAGAUCUGUUAGAAACAAACAGAAAAUCAACCGAUCGGAGACUGGUGAAUCUGAAGGGAUACAGGAUAUGAUGAAGGAGGAACGGGAGGGUCAAGAUAGUCAAGAGGAUCAUGAGGAUCAAGAUAGUCAAGAGGAUCAAGAUGGUCAAGAGGAUCAAGAGGCUCAAGAUAGUCAAGAGGAUCAAGAGAAUCAAGAGGCCCAAGAGGAUCAAGAGGAUCAAGAUGGUCAAGUGGACCAAGAGGACCAGGAGGAUCAAGUUGAACUAGUGAUAGAACCGAUCUCUGUUGACGGAGAUAAAUAUUCAAUUAAUAGUUUUGGUGAGAUAUUAGUGUUGGAAGGGCAUGCCAAAGACCUUGCCUCAAAAUACUUAACAAGAGAGGAAAUGGAGUUUACCUGUCUUCUCUGCCACCGGUUCCAGAAGGAUCGGAGAUUUGAAGACGAGGAGAAGAUUCUAGUUCAUAUCUUUAAACACCUUAACAUAUAUAGUCUACAGUGUUCCAGCUGCCUCAGAGGGUUUAGGAUGGGUUCAGAGUUAGCUCAACACCAGCAGAUAUGCUCCGACCAGGAUGAUGGUUUAAGUGCAGAGAAGUUUAUAAAUAGUCCAGUUCAACCUGUUUCAACAAUAAACAAAAAGGCGGUCUUUAUGACAGAGAAGAAAGCACAGAAAAUUAUAUCAUCUUACGUGAUAUGUCAGGAUAACGAAGCUUCUGGAACAAAGGAUUACACUUGUGGGCUCUGCGACUUUAAGUGUCCCCAGGAGUCGACUGUUACAGAACACGUGGCACUGCAGCAUCUCAAUAUAUUCCAGUUCAAGUGCGCACAUUGCGGCAUUAAGUUUAAAUUGAGAACACAGCUGGAGAACCAUGAGAGGGAGAAACACAGGUUAAAGAUGUUCCCGGAGUUGAAGAACGAGGACGGAUUUGAGCAGGACAACCAGCAAGGAACUUUGGUCCUGGUUAAGGAGACUCGAAUACAACAAGUAGGAUUUGAAGAGAGGAAUGACGAAGAUGAUAUGAAUAUUUCCAUGAAUGAGUUUCCAUACCUGGAAAACGGAUUUCUUGGGAAAACCACCCAUGGAGGAACAAAGUUGGUUUAUGUGGAAGGAUCUGAGUAUCCUUUGACCAGGCCAACGAAGAGCACCUUGAUGAAGAUCAUGAAGGCUAGGCUGGUGAGCAAGGAGGAGGGGAACAGGCUGGUCGCCACCUCAUUCCUUCAUAAUAUUCAAACCAAGAAGUAUGAAUGCACACUCUGUAACGGAGUAUUUCAGGCGGAUACUAUAACACUAAUACAAAGGCAUUUGUAUGAACACAUGAACCUUUAUGUUCAUAAAUGUGAACUAUGUGGAGAUGUAUUCAGGAACGUAGCACAGUUCAAAGAGCACAAGGAGAUGCAUAAGAAAAGACUAGAAGAAAAAGAGGAGGAGAUUAAAAACUUUAAUUCGUCUCAGGAUAAGAUUGGAGACUACCACCUGGAGGAGAAGGAGGUGUAUAUCCGUCUAUCUGAGUCUAAACCUAUCAUUGAAUCUUAUUUCUCCAUUGACUCAUCAACCCCUGGGAUCAAUUCUUUCUCCUGCAAACUCUGCUUAUUUGCAAGGGAUAAUUAUUCCUUGGUCUUCAACCAUUGUCUUAGGAAACAUUUAAAGAUUGCACUUUAUCAAUGUGAAUCGAAGAAAUGCAGUGCUCAGUUUAAAUUUUUGGAGGAUUUGCGUAAACAUUACACUUCUUCGCACAAUCAGAAGUUUAAAUGUGAGGAAGGAGAAGAAACAAUGGAAGACGACCUUGAAACAGACUUUCCUAAUCUGGAGGAUAUUUCUGGGAUUCCAAUAGACCAACUUCACGGGAAGAAGAUCUCCCAUGUUCAAGCCAAAAGUCUUCGUGGCCAGUUCAUCAUCCAAAAUCAGCGGACUAAGGUGUUUGAAUGCGAACUCUGUGAUUAUAAAAGUGAAUGGAAGGUAACCCUGCAGAGUCACGUGAUGAUAAAACACUACGAUGUUUAUAUUUAUCGAUGCAAGGAAUGCAAACAGCUGAUGCGAUCUUGGAACCAGUUCCUUGUACAUAAACGAACUCACAAGCCGAAGAAUGACUCAAAGACCAACUCUGAAGUUAAAAGCGAAUAUCAUACUUUAACGGAACCAAUCUUUUUGGGAGAGGAGGCGGGUAAAAAAGCUGCGGAGCAAUAUGUUUUCUACGAUAAAAAGGAGAAAUGUCAAAGAUGUAAAAUGUGUCCUUAUUCCAGCAAGAAAACUCAGCUAGUGGCAAUGCAUGCCCUGGCCAAACAUCUUCCAGCAAUUCACCUUUACAGAUGCGAGUACUGUCAGAAAGAGUUCAGAUACAGCAGAAGUCGAUAUAGGGAGCAUCUACUAGUGCAUACUGAGGGAAAGUUAAACUGCUCACAAUGUCCGCCAGAUUCUACCUCUACCUACACCAGAGAAGCACUCAAAACCCAUCUCAAAAAUUUCCAUACGGCUGGAGAGUUUCCAUGUGUGGUUCAGGGAUGUGAAACUGUUCUUCCAACAAAGAGUGAGCUUAGAGAACACCAGAGCACAGAACACUCGACUCUAAUGCGAGGAAAGGACAACAUGUUUCAUUGUUACAUCUGUGAUUAUCAAUUCCCUACGAGAACGAGGUUAAACAAGCAUGUGAAGAUCUGCGAGGCCGGAAGAACUAAAACCUUGUUCCGAAAACAGAUUUCGGAUGUUCUUCAGUGGAUUGAGAAGGGUUCUUACAGAUGUACCUUCUGCCAGGCAGAAUUUCAUCCUGAACCUGGGGAUGUGACAUUGACCGGACUUCCAGAGGCGCGUAAUCAUGUGGUCAACGUUCAUGGUAUGCGUCACAUGCGUCGGUUGAAGAUGGGUUGGUUGGGAGAACCUGCUACACUAGAUAAAUCUGAACGAUAUAAGGAUAAAUCUUAUAUAUGGGAACAGAAAAUGAAGGAUAUUGAAAAAGCAAGAAAACUUGAAAUUCAGCAGACCAACAUACAGAAUAUUCAGCAAGAGGUUAGUCAAAAUAUAGCUCGAGCAGCUACCAGUUAUCAAACCAUGCUUGAAGCUCUCUCUCAGACAGGAGGACCUGCUCCGACAGAAUCUGUUCUUCUUGAGGUCAUAGGAAAGGGUAAUGUUGUAAAGAAGGAGGAAGCUGGUUGGAGAGAGGAAGGUGAGGAAGGAUGGAGAGACGAUGAGCCCCGGGACUGGGGUCAAGGCGUGGAUCGCAUCUACCUUAAUGUUGUUGAGGAGGACUGUAUUGUCAGCCAGAGUGAGGUCUAUAUCCAGGAGAAGGGUGACGGGGAGGACCAGGAAAACGAGAACCAGGUGUUUGUUGAGACGGAGUCAACUGAGGAGCAGAAUAUUCUAGUCACAAACCAGGAUGGAGUUAUGGUUCAUCAUGUUCUCCGACCUCAGUCGCCUUCUGAUCCCCACUCUAUCCUCAGUAACGUAAACCUGGAGGGCAACGUCCAGUUCUUUCUAGAGGACGGUCGCGAGGCUAUUGUGGAAACUAUUGAGAUAGAAAUUUAGUUCAGUACAAUUAUGGGCACUCUUUACAAGUUUACAAUAUGUUUUUUUUUUAUAGAUUAUCAAAUCUGUUAUGAAUUCGGUUUAUUCAA